AUGGACAAUGACGUUGAUUGGAUACUAGUAGAGAAUGAAGAUGAAUUAAUUGUUGUACCAAAAAUAACAUCAGACUUUGAGAAAGCUUCCGAAGAAGAUUCCUAUUUAAAAAACAAACUAAGCUAUGCCACUGCUUUACUUAAAAAUGUUCAACCGAUUCAUCAUCAACCACUACCAGUUUCGCUCAUCAUGCCAAGAAAGGAAAAAAAUGUUAGUAAACUGCAUGAUGAACGGAAAUCAAUGGCACUAUCGUUAGAACCCAAGCCUGGUAGUCAAUAUCGUAAUCCUCGCGAUAAGGCGGGUAAGAAUAAAGUCCAUCAAGGUCGACGAUGCCCAUCACCAGCACCAAAAAAUUUGGGUAAUUCAUUGAAAAUCGGUUGUACAUUCUGUAACACAAAACUAUCAAACCGCGUUGAACACAAACGAGAAGCACGUCAGCAACGUUCAAAAUCAUAUUGGAAAGACUACGACUAUUGA